UCUCAUAAUCCGAUACACUGACAAUAAUCCUCAGAACAUAUGUGACAUGAAACAUAUAAAUUAAUGCGGAGUUUGACAAAACAAACAGUUGAAAUAACGAAAAGGAGCUCAACAGUUCAGACUCUGAACCAUGCGAGCAAUAGCUUUUCUGUAUGUGCUGUCGUGGUGUAAUCUACUACGAGUCAGUAGAUGUGCUGACACUCAACUACCAUGUGGUGCGUCAUCACGGAAAACCAACUUCAAGUUCUCCGUCAUUAGUCGCCGAAACCUGACAGGGAAUUGGAUAGCCCAUAUGUCUUUAGAACAUGACGAUGGUCCAGAGUCAGGACAGUGGGAAGUUGACAUUGACCACACAACAGUGACGUGUGAUGGCAGAAGAUCAAUUCUUGUAACGAAUACCGUAGUAGCGCCCCUGGGAAAACCUGCCCCCGGCUACGAACUUGUGCCUGGAUUAGGAUACUACAAAUUUUACAAAAUCGGAAAGAGUUGGUGGGAGGCGCAGGCCACCUGCGUCGAGGAAGGGGCUUAUCUCAUCAUUCCAAAUUCUGAUCAAGAAUUCGAAGCUGUUAAGAAAAUUUGGGAUCGCUUUCCUAGUCCUUACACUGACUGGAGGAAAAACCACGUGUUCAUGGGCGUUAGCGACAUCGCAAGGGAGGGUCACUUCAUGUCCGUUCUGGGCGAAACGCUAAAUUCUACAGGCUACUUGAGGUGGUCAUCUAAUCAGCCGGACGGGGGCAGAAAUGAGGACUGCCUCGUCCUGACGGUGAACUCCUUUCUGCACGAUACAGCCUGCGCUGCUGAAGUGGCCUUCAUCUGCGAGCGAGGGCUGUGAAUUUGAGGCUUAAGUUUACUUGCAGCUGGGAAAGUACACAAUUCUUACGUAGACCAAGAUUAACUAAUUUUAUGGAGGAAAGUCUUGCAUGAGAAGCUAAUAGUAGCUCAUCUGGCCAAUAAAAUCUCUUCUUAUAAAACGUGAA